UUUGUUUCAUCUUCACCUUCAGCUCCGGCCAGAAGAAAGGGGGGAAGCAUUUGCAGCAGCUGCUGGCAAGAUGAUUUAUGGGAUACUUGUGCUUGUUUAAAAAUAAUUGCCCUGACUUAACGCUGGAGUUUUCACUUCACUCAUGUACCAGUCCGGUCUCCUAUAAAUCAUACCUUUACGCAGUCUUAAGAAAUGCACUUCUAGGGGCUGACAGGUCCAUGAGUGAGGGGGUGGGUCUGGAGCGCAGUGGCAAUUUAAAGCAACCUUCACGCUUGGUUUGUUUCCCUUCUCCAUUAAACUUGGAAGAUGCCAAUAUUAAACCCCAUUAAACUCCAUUAAACUCGGAAGAUGCCAAUAUUCACGUAUCUAUUUCAAAAAGACGAAGAGGGAGAGAUAUUUUAAAACCAAGGAGUCUUCAGAAUGUCGUACAGAAAAGGACUAGAGAAAUACCAGGAUCUGGAUGAAGACCGGAUCCUGGCAGCGCUGACUGAAGAAGAAAUCAAGAUGUUGGAGGAAGAAAUGGUGGAGCUAGAUCCAGAUAAUGCAUUGUUGCCAGCAGGAAUGAGACAGAGAGACCAGACCAAAAAAACACCCACCGGCCCAUUUAAAAGGGAUGACCUUAUGGCACACUUGGAGAAGCAGGCAAACAGUACAAAAGACCGAGAGGAUCUGGUUCCUUUCACAGGAGAGAAAAGAGGGAAAGUCUGGGUCCCCAAGCAGAAGGCUAUGGAUCCUGUCUUGGAGAGUGUGACUCUAGAACCAGAACUGGAGGAGGCGCUAGCAAAUGCUUCUGAUGCUGAGCUUUGCGACAUUGCUGCUAUUCUUGGCAUGCAUACCCUGAUGAGUAACCAGCAGUACUAUGGGGCGCUCGGAACCACAACAAUCGUCAACAAGGAAGGUCUAGACAGUAUAAUUAAGCCUACACAAUAUAAACCGGUUCCUGAUGAACCAAAUUCAACCGAUGUAGAAGAAACUUUAGAAAGAGUGAAAAACAAUGAUCCAGACCUUGAGGAGGUCAAUCUCAACAAUAUUAAGGACAUUCCCAUCCCGACCUUAAAAGCCUACGCCGAAGCUCUGAAGAACAACACCUAUGUGAAAAAGUUCAGCAUAGUUGGAACCAGAAGCAAUGACCCCGUUGCUUAUGCGCUAGCAGGAAUGCUAAAAGUGAACAGUGUCUUGAAGAGCUUGAACGUGGAAUCUAACUUCAUUUCUGGAUCAGGAAUCCUGGCCCUCGUAGAAGCACUCCAGAACAACAAGACACUUAUUGAGCUCAAAAUCGACAACCAGAGCCAGCUAUUGGGGAAUAAGGUGGAAAUGGAGAUUGCAAGUAUGUUAGAAAAAAACACAUCUCUUUUGAAGUUCGGGUAUCACUUCACGCAGCAAGGCCCUCGGCUUCGUGCCUCCAAUGCCAUGAUGAACAACAAUGACCUUGUGAGGAAGAGGCGGCUGGCCGAUCUGAACGGGCCCAUCUUUCCCAAGUGCCGGACUACUCUGUAGCUGUUGGCUAGAGGUGAAGUCAGCAAGCGCACACUGGACUGAGAACUAUGGCGGAGCAACCGUGCAGUGAAUUUUUGGUGCCUGGAGUUUUGUUUGUUUGUAUUCCCUCCCUGUGCACUAAAAAGGUUUCGACAAAUUAGCGAUUGUAGGUGAAAAAA